GGUGCUGUAAUUUUCUUAAAAUCAAGAAUAUUAUGGAUACUUUGGAUUCUUGGCUGGAUAAACUGGAAACUGAAAAUACUAACAGAAUAAAUAAUGUACUGGUGAAAAAAUCUCGCCUUGAGCAUUGGUUUCACAAUAUAUUAAAUCAUUCUACAAUGAAUAAAAUUGUUUGUAUUACUUCUGGUGGAACUAUUGUUCCUUUAGAAAAGAAUAUGGUAAGGUAUAUUGAUAAUUUUAGCACAGGUGCAAGAGGUGCACUUUCUGCAGAAUACUUUUUACGUUCAAAUUAUGCUGUGGUAUAUUUUUAUCGUAAAGGCUCUUUAUUACCAUUUAUGCAUCGUUUCAAUCGAAAGCGCCAUCAUCAUCAUCCAGAGCAAAGAGAACGACAACAAGAACAACAAAAAGAACAAGAACCACCAUAUGACUGGAUCGAUCCGCAUGAUUUUGAAGUAUUUCAUUGGUUUACAGUAAAUACACAAGAGAAUAAAUUACAAGUUACAGAGAAUGCCUCGAAAUUUCUUCUUCCUAUAUUCAAUGAAUACAAUGUGUACAGUCAAUAUCUAUUCCUACUAGAAUUUGAAACUGUUGAAGACUAUUUAAUUGAACUACGCUAUCUGGCUAAAGAGUUGAACAAGCUAGCAGAAAAUUUUUACCAUAAAAGAAAAUUUUAUUUAUGCUUUUAUUUAUCUGCUGCUGUCUCUGAUUAUUAUCUUUCAAAUAAUGAACGUCCAGAGCAUAAAAUACAAACAAAAUCAAAAAGUAUUCAUCAAAAUAAUGAUGGUGAUGAUGACAAAUCAAUACAAGCAGUAGAAAAUUUGAAUUUAACGCUAAAACCAGUACCAAAACUUAUGAAGCUAAUCAAUACAUUAUGGGCACCUAAUUCUUAUGUGAUAAGUUUUAAACUGGAAACAGAUAACGAACAAUUAUUGAUAAAAGCCAAGAAGUCAUUACAAGUGAAUCAUUCCAAUAUUGUUGUUGCCAAUCUUCUGCAUACACGAACAAAAGAAGUCUGGUUAGUGCAUAAACAGAAUGAUGAGCAAAGUAUAGCUAUUGAUCAUAUAAACACGCAACAGCUGCUUGAUAAACAACCCAGACAUUCAACAUCCUUCUCCUCCUCAUCAUCAUCAGGAGAUAUUGAGUCUGUUUUUAUUCCUCGUCUCAUAGAACUACACGAACAGUAUAUACUUCAAAGACAAUAA